CCUGCGCGCGAGCGUGGCCCCGCUUUCCAAGGGUGGGCCGAGGGGUUUGUUGCGUGCCCGCCUUUCAUGCCUCUCUACCCUUUCCAGACUCCCCCAAAGAUUCCUCCGAAUCUUUCUUCCUUCUAUUCCUCUACCACUUCCCCCCACCCGUUCGACCAAAAAUCUCACCGAAACUAUAAAACAAGCACCCUCCAACUCCGGCCGACGGGCCUCAUAGAAACCGAUAUAGUCCCGCAUCGGAAUUUUUCCGAGAUGCUGAAAGCCUUAAGUUCCACUUCUUCUCACCUCAGCAAUGCCUCGUCCUCUUUCUCUUACCUCCAGACCCAGACAUCCAGCCUCCUCGUAUGCUCCUCCUUCCACCGCUUGCCCGGCUCCCGGAAGGCCGUCGCCUCCCCCAUCCCAGCGCCAUCUGCGCCGUCAAUCCGCCGGCCUGAUGGCGAUCGCUGCUUCCCGUGGAGUACUUCUUAUUCGGUGUCCACCUCGAAGUCGAGACGGGACGGCACCGGCGAGUUGCAGCUGUUCCUGGAGGUGGUCCCGCCCAGACUGCGGCGGGAGCUGGCGCGCCACGGGGAGAUCCGGGAGCUGAUCGAGGUAGUGAUGGAUCUCGGGAGGAAGCCCAUCGCCCGAUUCCCGUCCGGUGAUUGGAUCAUAUCAGAGCAGCCUGUCGCGCUCGAUGACCUUCGGCAUGCCGUCUCCAAGGUUGGUGAUUUUGCUGAUGACAACCGCUCUGGUAUCAAUCAUUCCUUGCAUCGGAUUAGUGCUAUUCGGAAUCGUAAGAUGCACAUAAUUGGCCUUACAUGCCGAGUGGGUCGUGCAAUAUCGGGAAGUGCGGAGACGAUACGUGAUUUGGUUGAGGGUGGGGGUUCUAUUUUGGUAAUCGGACCUCCUGGGGUUGGCAAGACGACCUUGAUCAGGGAAAUAGCUAGAGUGCUAGCAGAUGAGCACAUGAAACGUGUUGUGGUAGUAGACACAUCAAACGAAAUUGGAGGAGAUGGGGAUGUACCUCACUCGGGAAUCGGGCGUGCUAGGAGAAUGCAAGUUCCCAAUGUCAACAUGCAGCACAGUGUCAUGAUAGAAGCAGUUGAAAAUCACAUGCCAGAAGUCAUUAUAAUUGAUGAAAUUGGAACAGAACUUGAAGCAAUGGCAGCCAGCACUAUCGCUCAAAGAGGCGUCCAGCUUGUUGGAACAGCACAUGGAGUAACAAUUGAGAGCAUAAUAAAAAAUCCUUGUCUGCAGACGCUUGUUGGUGGGAUAGAGAGUGUUACACUUGGUGAUGAUGAGGCCAGAAAAAGGAAAGUACAGAAAACAAUACUUGAGAGGAAAGGACCUCCUACAUUUACUUGUGCUGUGGAGAUGAUAUCCAAGACUGAGUGCCGAGUUCAUCACAAAUUAGAAGCUACUGUAGAUGCUAUUCUGGCAGGUAAGUCUCCUCUGUUUGAAGUACGUAAGGUGGAUUUCAAAUCUAGCAAUUCAACAAAUUCUGUUCCAAUACUUGAGAAAUCUCAUGAACAAGAAUCUUCCAUUAGCUGCACAAAUGAUGUGAAUACUGGGACGGUGCCUCAUCAAGACAAUUAUGAUAGUACUGCUAUUUAUACCAAGAAAGGCAAAAAUAAGGCAUCUUUCUCAAGGAGAUCACCUGUGCAUGUGUAUAGUUACCAGAUCUUGGAAGCUGAUCUACUGCAAGUUGCAAAAAUAAUGGGUUUCGAGAAUGAAAUAGCUGUAACUGAUGAUAUCGGUGCUGCAAAUGCAAUUCUUGCAUCAAGUUCUGAAUUGAAGCAGAAUCCUUGGAUCCGUAGUGUUGCGAAAUACCACCAGUUGCCAGUAUUUGUUAUCAAGACAAAUACUAUGGCACAAAUUGUAAAGGCAGUAAAAAUGAUUCUAGGGAUGGAUACCAUUGGAUCUUUAUCAAAUGCCUCGGUAAAUCAUUUGGCAAAAGAUAUUGAAAUUGAAGAUGAUGCACCUAGAAGAAAACCGUCCUUGGAGGAAAUUGAUGCCUUGGAGGAGGUUCGACUGGCUAUCGAGUAUAUUGUAAUUCCUGGUAGGGAACCUGUGGAACUCUUGCCUAGAUGCUCAGAGAUAAUUGCCCGUCAGCUGGAGCUCGUGGAGAGCUACCAGCUUGCUGCAGAGAAAACAGGUACAGAGUUGAACUCCAGGCUGCAGAUUCUUCCCAUGAGGCUCGACAAGAAAAAUUCAUCUAUUCGUGGAUCGCAUUCAUGGAAGCAAGUGGGUUUAAAUUCAUCAUCUAGUGGGCACAGGGGUGCCAGUGUUUCUCGCCUGCCCCUUUUACCUGAGUUUUUGCACCUAUGGAAGAAUUGAUGAAAUGCAUAUCAUUCAUCUUCAGCAAUUGGAUGAAUUAUUCUGUUAUGUUUUCUUUUUUUUUUUGGUGGGUACAAACUUUGUGCUGUUAAUGUUUUCAUUGAGACCUGGUUACCUUCUC